AUGUUGCCAGUUCUUUCGAGGACUUUGUCACACCGGGAUUCUGUGAAAAAUAGUCGCAACGUUAAAUUCGAAUUUACGCCAGAUAAUUUGAAGCGUCUUGAGGAGUUGAAAACUCAUUAUCCUGUCGGUUAUCACGCUUCCCUUAUUAUGCCUGCUUUGGAUAUUGCUCAAAGGCAACAUGGAUGGCUUCCUAUUUCAGCGUUGUCGAAAGUUGCCGAAUAUCUAAAUGUUCCAGAAAUGCGAGUGUUUGAGGUGGCAACUUUCUACACCAUGUUCAACAGAAGUCCAAUUGGAAAGUACCACUUACAACUUUGCACAACUACUCCUUGUAUGCUAGGUGGUGUUGGUUCUGAUGCGAUUUUAGAAGCAAUCGAAAAGCAUCUUGGAAUUAAGACUGGUGAAACCACGUCCGAUAAUCUUUUUACUCUUAGCCAAGUUGAGUGCCUUGGAGCAUGUGUUAAUGCUCCAAUGAUGCAGAUCAAUGAUGAUUACUAUGAGGAUUUGACUCCUGUAGAUGUCGUUAAGAUUCUUGAUGAUCUUAAGGCUGGUAAGAAACCGAAACACGGCCCCCAGUCAGGACAAGGACAUCGUUGCUGUUGCGAACCAAAAGGUGGCUUCACCUCUUUGAAUACUCCAAUCCCCCCUCCGGAUUUCAAACUUCAGGACGCUUUGAAAUAG